AUGGCACCCUGCACUAGAUGCAGAGCCGAUCCUGUCACACGAGUACCUAACGUUGAAUUGAUGAGCCGGUACUAUAGCGAGAGGUCAGAGUUUGGUAUGAUAUUGACAGAAGCCACAUCCGUAAAUGCCAUGGGUGUUGGAUAUCCUGGUACACCUGGUAUUUGGAGCGACGAGCAGACCAAAGCAUGGUCAUCAAUUGUGGAUGCAGUACACGAACAGGUUCGUCCGCAAGUUGAGCUUGGGGCACCUCGGGCGUUGACGCUGGAAGAGAUCGCACAGACUGUCGAGGACUACAGAAUAGGUGCAGAAAAUGCCAAGAAAGCCAGUUUUGAUGGUAUUGAAGUCCACGAAUACGGAGAUUCUGAUAUGAAAAUGGUAUAUACACACGUGGCACAAGAAUUGGAACGAAGGAAUAUCGCGUUCAUCUUUGCACGGGAGAAUUGGCUGGAUGAGAAUAUCCCCGAGAUUGGUCCUAGUGUAAUCAAGGCCAAUUUAUCCGGUGUGUUCAUCGCGAAUGAAAAGUUCAACCUGGAGACGGGUGAGAAAGCAAUACAGGAUGGCAAGGCAGACGCUAUCGGUUAUGGGAUCCCAGCAAUCAGCAAUGCCGAUCUCGUGAAGAGAUAUAUGGUGGGAGCGGAAUUGAACAAACCCAACUUCGCGCUAUUCAUGGGUUACGAUGUAGGCAAUGAAGGUCUUAACGACUACCCUUUACUUCUCACAGCCGAGGCGCAUUGA